AUGGUUCUUGAUGACAAUGAUAGGAAGGUCUUAAGCGAUUUGCGAAGAAAAAGGGGGGUAGUCAAGGCAUCCCUGACGCGUAUUCGCACGUUUGUUCAGAGCUUUAGACCGACAGUGGAUGCGAUAACAUUAUUAGAAUUCAGACAAGAACAAUUACCUGAAGUCAACCGUAAAUUUGAUGACAUUCAGUCUCAGAUUGAGCUUAUUGAUAUUGAUAAUGCUGCAGAGAUUGAUAAAGAUAGAGAGGAGUUUGAGAAUGAUUAUUUUGCAAUUAGAUCGGAAAUGCAAGAAUUAAUCAACGCAGAAAAAAGUCAUAACUCAUCUAUUCAAAAUAAUACCAUGAAUUCCAUGCCCAUGCAAAGAGCUCGGUUGGCACCAUUGACCCUACCAAAAUUUGAUGGUAACAUCCAGGAGUGGGAAUCCUAUUUUGAUUGCUUUAAGGGUAUGGUGCACAACGAAGAUGCUUACCCACCAGCUCAAAAAUUUUCGUAUUUGAGAUCUUCGCUUUCUGGUGCAGCAUUGGAUGUGAUCAAGGCAAUUCCAAUGACUGAGAAAAACUAUUCUGUAGCAAUUAAAAGAUUACAGCAACGAUUCGAAAACAGGAGUAUGGUAAUACAAUCUCACAUUCGUGCUAUACUGGAUUUUAAACAAGUAGAGUCCGCUGUUGCCAAUGAUCUGCAGGCACUGCACUCUAAUAUUGUCGCACAGGUCGCAGCACUAGAAGCGCUAGGACAGCCGGUAGAUAUGUGGGACGCAUGGUUAGUGACAGUUUUGCUUAGAAAAGUUGACCGUGGAACAUGUCAUGAAUGGCAAAUACGGCGUACAAACAAUGAACUGCCAAAGUAUAAGGAAUUAGAGGAAUUCCUGGCUAGUCGUUGCAUAGCUUUUGAAAAUUCGGAAACAUGGGACAAUAGCAAUAAUGGAACCAAAAAAAAGUGGACGAAUCCGCAUGCCGGAAAAAGACUUACGUUAGCAGCAACAGAAGUCAAGUCUGCAAAAUGUCCUUGCUGUAAUCAAAUUCAUAAACUAUAUCACUGUGAAAAGUUUAAAGAACUUAAACAAGGUGACCGGUUCAAUAUUGUAAGAAGUGCUCGUUUGUGUUUUAACUGUUUGAGUCCUUACCAUAUGGCUCCGUCUUGUCAAUCGACCUCCGUUUGUCAGCACUGCAAGAAUAGACACGAUACAUUAUUGCAUAAUGGAAAGUUCGGUCAAGGUGAGGCAUCAAAGCAGUAUAGCAAUGAAGAUGAAGAUCCACAAACUUCUUCUGCUCCUCCAGAUAAGCGACAGUCAUCAGUGCAUUCGUGUCUUGCAGCAAAGCCAACAGACACGCAUGUUUUUCUUUCAACCGCCAUAGUACAAGUGCCUGAUAGUCGUGGUAUUAUGCGCGACACAAGAGCGGUAUUAGAUAGUGGGUCGAUGGUGAAUUUUAUUUCGAGAGGUCUGUUAAAUGUCCUGCAACUCAACACUCAAAAAACAAGGUUGCCAAUUCGAGGAGUGGGAGCUAGUCAAGUUCAGUCUGUAGCGAAGGUAGAAAUAAGUUUGAAUUCUAAGAUCACAAACUACAAAAUAAUUUUGCCAUGCUUUGUGUUACCAACUGUUGUGAGUGAACUCCCAGCAUGUAAUGCACCAACAAGAAAUUGGAACAUUCCCUUUGAGCUAAGAUGUAAACUGGCAGAUCCCAAGUUUGAUAAAGCUGGGUCAGUUGAUCUCUUAAUUGGAGCUGGGAUAUUUUAUGAGUUACUAGAAGCUGAGCGCGUGGCUUUGGGAAUCGGAAACCUCAGUUUACAAGACACGAAACUUGGUUGGAUUGUCACAGGCGGGCUUGAAGUUACUUGUCUUCUAGGCAUUAAUUCUCUUGGAGAAACAAUGGAAAGUGACUAG